AUGGUCCAUCUAUCCCGCGCUCUCGCUCUUGCGGCCAUCGUCGGUGUCGUCGUCGCUGAUAACACCAAGAUCCACCCCAAGCUUCUCCAGAAGCUCGAAGCCGAGACCAUCGACGGCAUUACGAUCGCGAUCGAGUUCAAGGGGACGGCCGACGAGGUGCUCGUCAGUCCCAAGUUGGAGUCGGCGUCCAUCGAGUCGCGUGCAGAGCUCGUAGAGGCUGUCAAGUCGGCGCUUGAAGACCAUGCAACGUCGGUUCAAGCCAGUGCGCUAGAGCUCCUCGCGAGCUCUAAAUUAGAGUCGUCGAAACCCUUGGAGCACUCGUCGUUCUGGAUCAACAACGUUGUGUAUGCCAAGGGCGUCACGCGCGACGUCAUUCAAGCGCUCGCGAAGCUGCCCGAGGUUGCCUUCGUGCGCCCCGAAGCCAUGGGCCGCCUCAUCACCUCAGAGAUCGCAGCGUCCGAAGUCGUUGCUGCCAACACCACGGAAUGGGGCCUCAACAUUAUCCAGGCGCCUGAGGUGUGGGCCAAGGGCUACCGUGGACAGGGCGUCGUCGUCGGGUCCAUUGACUCUGGCACCCGCGUCACCCACGAAGCGCUGAAGGGCAACUUCCGCAGCCUUAACGGCUGGUUCCAACCCGAGGGGCGAUCGCCAACGCCUGUGGAUCCUCAUGGUCAUGGCACGCACACGAUGGGCACGUCUGUCGGAGGUAACGGCAUUGGUGUGGCGCCCGAUGCCAAGUGGAUCUCGUGCCAGGGAUGCUUGCCUACCAACAAGUGCCCCGAGUCCGUGCUUGUCGCUUGUGCGCAGUUCAUGCUCUGCCCUCACGACGCCGAAGGGAAGAACCCGCGGUGCGACCUCGCACCCCACGUCGUCAACAACAGUUGGGGCGACGACGACGAGAUCCCGGACGUGCCGUACUACAAGGGCCCGAUGGCUGCGUGGCGCAAGGCUGGCAUCAUCCCUGUCUUCGCUAACGCCAACAGCGGCCCCAAGUGCGGCACGGUGCUCAGCCCCGGCGACUACGACAACGUCAUUGGUGUUGGCGCCACGACCAACAAGGACGGUCUUGCGACGUUCAGCAGCAAGGGCCCGAACAAGUUUGGCCGCAUGAAGCCCGACAUCUCGGCGCCCGGCCAAGGCAUUCGCUCGAGCUACAAGACGAGCGAUACGUCGUACUCGAGCUUGAGCGGUACGAGCAUGGCGACGCCUCACGUGACGGGCGCCAUCGCGCUCCUCGUGUCGGCCAAGCCCGGCAUCACGUACGACGAAGUCUACUCGCUCUUGACGCAGACGGUCGAGACCAAGUCUCUCAUCAACGACCCGCUCACGUGCGGGGGGCUCCCGGGCGACAAGUACCCGAACAACAACUUUGGCUACGGCCGCAUGAACAUCUUGCGUGCCAUUGAGAAGAUCAAGGCUAGCUGCUGA